AUGGCGUUUCUGCCCUUGUUUUCAAGGGUCCUUCCCCAGGUCCAGGGAUCUGGGUUGAUGGGGCUUAGUUUUGUCCAGCCACUCAAGGGUCUCUAUCACUGCGACCCCGUCGUACCCGACGGCCAAAGAAUGACCAGCUUGAGUGGCCCAUGGCCUUGGAGACCUUUCCCUUCUGAGCUGAAGCCGCUUCCGCGAUUGCGAUUCGAGUCUCAGCACCUCCUCAAUCCCUCAUGCCUUACCCUUCAAGGCCGCGUUUCCCUCCCGAUGAUCAGACACGGCAUGCAGGAGCCCAUGGCCGCAACAAUAGACACUUCGGGCGCCGGCUCCUUCAAACUUCGAAUACUAACCAGCCAUGUCGAAAACAACCUUCCCGGUCAUCCACCACACUCUGCUAGCCUCACCUACAGCACUGCUACCCACAGACUGUCUGUACUUUGGCACCAAUGUAUGAGUCUUCGCCGUUCCAGAAACCAAGGACAGCUACCUGCUCUCAUCGUCAUGGGCUACAGUGAAGGGCAGGCGAUUAUAUCAAUGAACACCAUGGAUCCCUGGCCUUCGCAGCCAGAUUUAGUCUAUCGAACUCCACCACCAAGAUCUCUCGAGGCUGGGCCCUCCAAAGCCUGCCUACAUUGUGCAGAAACGACGCGAUCGCGUCCAUACUCAGCCUCCAUCUCACGCACCGCAGAUUUAUUUACCAAAGAUUUCUCUUGGCUAGGCAUGUGGCCCGCCUUCUAUAUCCUCGGUAUGCCUCUUCGCACAUUUCGUUCGCUACCAUCAUCACCCACCUUCGUAUCGAUCUAUCGAUGGUAUUCUGUCGAGCGCGAGAGACAAGCUGCUCUUCGCAGCAGUGCGUGCAUCGCACGACCGAUCAAUUACCUCGACAGUGUACUUUGUAUGAUUACAUUACUGAAAUGGUCACCUAGUCGUCGCAAUCUGUAUCUCGAUGCCAAUGUUUUCUUACUGCUCACAACCUGGACCUCCACCCCACCGGCUCCGGGCCGGCCUCAUUCGUCCGUUGAUCCAGGUCGAGCGUUCCUAAUGCAUGCAGAGGAAAGCAUACAUGCCCAUGGGGCCAUCCCCAGCUGUCGUGGCAUGCUCUGGCUAAGCAAUCUGACCUACAUACGCUCCUCUUUGCCGUUACGGCCCCAGGCCCUCCUUGCGAUAUCUUGGGUAGCGGUUGCUAGAAUCGACCAGAUUGCAUCGUUUGGCCUGAACCUGUUGACACAAGGAUCGUUCACUCGAUUUGGUAGUUCGAGGUUUGAGGCGACCAAUACCUCGUUGUUUUUGACACACCUUGGGCCUGGCUGGAGACAGACAAGGAAAGACUUGACGUAUCUCUCACGAAGAAAAGAACACAACCUAGCCAACGUCCAGCGAAUUACGCAAGCACCUGGUGUCUGGGCGUGUGCUGCCAACACAGAACAAGAGCGAUCUGGAUCAUUGGGUUUGAAGUCAGGCGGGGUGGUGGCGUGUGUUUCCGUGCUGGCCGUUGAAAUCGAGACCUGCAGCUCCGAAUCGCUGUUGCAGCCGCUUCCCGUCCACCAUCUCUUUGUCCCUUUUCUCUUAUCGGCACAACUGACUGUGGUCGAUCUUGGUCGAUAUAUCGUCAAAAGCCAUCAACCAAACUCCUACAAGGCCGAGGAUUGCACGGCGAGAGUCUCCCGGAUAGAAGAGACGCAGACGUUCCUAGUUCGGCUCGGUCCGUCAGUGUUGGUCUGGAAAAUGGAGCAGGGCAUUCAGAGAAUCGACUACCGCCUCCUUCAAGGCUGCUGCCUCGAAGCUGAGCGCGCCGACAUUCUAUCCGUGAGCCUUGAAGGGCUCCGCAUGGCUCUUCCUGAGGCUUAUGGGGGCACCAUCACUAGUCUUGUUGACGAGAUACGGAGGUCUGCGAGGAAGCUGAGAGACUUGGCGGACCGAUCGCAGAUGCAUUUCACCAGGGUACCAGUUUUGCUCAACUACCUCGACGUCAUACUUCCGUGUUAUUCCAAGACACUUCGCGACAUGACCGACUUUUACGAAGAUCGAACCGUAAGCAAGGAUAUGCGAUGGCGAAGGAUGUACCACAAGAUGACACAGGAGGCCAGUGGCCUGCCAUUACCUCAGCGGUUCAUGCUUUACAACUGCUUUUUAGAGUCGACACUCUUUGACCUAAAUGGCCUAGAGACGCUUCGAACUAGGAUAAUCAAGUUGAGAGAAGCAAGAGGACUCCCUACGCCAACAACCCAAAUCGGGCCUGUCCUUCGACCAGAGGUUAUGCUCAGACCAACACCUCAGGAUCCGACGUUACACUGGGCAGAGCAGAUCUUCUCUCUUCCGCUCACCUCCCGAACGGCUUUGAAGCACAUCAGACCAUCGACAGCUUAUGGUCCUUUCCAAACGUGGGGACAACUGAAUAUUCCCAAACAGGUCAAGAUGCUGUUCAGAAGACCGUUCGACGAGGAUCGCCUUGCGUUGAUGACCUAUCUAAAUCAUGUCAACGAGACCCCCUACUUUCUCCUCCGGACAUAUCAUUUGGGGGGCCAGUGGUUCUCACUACUUGGUACCCACGAAAUCUUCAUGAGGCGGGAGGGCAGCGCCUUACUACUGGACCGAUACAGUCAUUCGCAGAUGGGCGUCAAACUAUGGGCAUCUCUCUACUUCAAAACCUGGGAGGAAUUGGUCUUAUUCCACUGCACGUUCGUCUCUCUCAAGGCUCGAAAUAUCUUGACGAGCAGAAUGAGUCCAAGGGAGUUCAAGCUCGGUAGUGAAUCCCGACUGUUCCAGGCCCAAAUCCGUGAUGAUGGCUUCAAGCAUUCUCUCAUCGUCUACCGCGACCUCGUCACCCAAGGUCUUCGUCUCCAAGCUUCAGUGUGGGAUGGCGAACUCAAGAGUUGUCCAGUUUGGACCGCUUUCGUCACCCACCAAUCCGCCUCUCCGACCUGGCUCGUACGCAAAUCAGAUCACCGCAUCUGGCUCAAAGACGUCCAGCUUUACGUCUUUUGCCAACAGUACCAUCAGCAGAAUCAGAGGAAAGGAUCCUCCGCCGGCGCCUUUGAGAUCGAAUUUGUAUCCGACAUGGGCGCGACGCGGUUCAUUGAGGAAAUACAGUCGCAGGCGGAUCCCUCCGAGGCAUCUACAGAUACCAUGGAAGCCAUCGAGGACGCCAAAUGA